UCCAGUGGACACGAGAACACAAUUUUGGAGGCCGGGAGUGAGAGAGGCGCGGUCCCUUGUUCUUUACAUCGCCCGGCGGUGAUAAAGAAAAACAAAACCUAGUGAAAUGGCGAGGGCCAGCUUUACGAUUCUCAAAGAUGCAGGGAAUGGGCUCUGUAAGACUCUCUCGGAAAUACUGGUUUGUCCGCUCUCCAAGCAACCCUUAAGAUAUUGUGAGGAAACGAAUUCUCUAAUUAGUGACGCCAUUGGCGUUUCUUUUCCUAUAAAGGAUGGGAUCCCUUGCUUGGUUCCGAAUGACGGCAAGAUAAUGGAAGCUGACGACACUCCAAAAACUGAUGAUUCAGUUGAUUCAUCUUCGACAAAAAAUUAAUAACGAGGCGGUAGUCCUUAUGCUGUAUUGUGAGGUUUGAUAUGUUGGGGCUCACAAAUAAAAUGGCUUGUUGUCAUCCUAGGUGAUUUUCUAUCUGAGAAUUCCUUCUUAUGUUUGUAAGCCAUCAUUGUAUUUGUGCAAGAAAAUUGAAGAACCUGUUCAUGAAUCUCCUCAGAAAAUGGUCAUAUUUCUUUCAUGAAGAUAAGUUUUUGAAAAGUUAACUUGUUUGUUUGUUACUACUGCAUCUGUUGUUCUCCUCAACCAAGGGGAGAGACAUUUUUUAUGCACAGUAUGUGUUUAUUAAUGGAGUUAUUAUUUUUUUCCUGAAGUUUAAUCUUUUAAAUCUGGAAAUUCUUUUUUUUUUUGUCCCCUCUUAAGUGAUCAGACCUAAAACAACUAAGUUUGUGUCUGUUAAUAGCCAUGGAAUGAU